GAAAAAUAUCAAGUCACAUAAGAACACACGAUUUCAACAUGUGCAACAUGGAUACAAUAUAUAAACCUCCUAAAAAAUGCAUCGUCUUCCACACUAACAUUUUUUUUAUUUUAUUUAAGUCAUUUAUGUAUUUUAAAACAACAAAAAUAACAAAACAAAAAUACAUCUAAAAAAACCAUACAAAAGAAUGAAAAAAAAGCAAUACAAGAUGCCGGCAAUGCAAAAUUGAAGUGAAAAGUUUUUGCUGCUUUUUUUUACAUCAUUUGAUGGAGUGUGUGUUGCUGAUCACGAAAAACAACUUUUUACCUUAUACAAAUUUCUUUUUCAGGUCGAAAAAAUAUGCAAAAUUCGAAGGAUGUCAGAUUUUUCAAGAAACACAUUUUUUCCAAAAUAUGCCUUAUAUUUUGCUUCGCGUUUCCCUUAUGCUUCUGCAAAUAUUUUUUUCAAAUUCUGCAUGUAAAACUGCGUCUAGGCGAGUUACCAAAUCGACUUCAGACUCAAAACUCUAUGAAUAGCGGCGCUCCGAAUCUCAUUGAGUAUACUACGUCCAGAUAGAUUUUGUAAAGGGUGGGUGUGGAGUGUGGAUGGGUGUAGGUGUGGGUGUGUGUGGGUGUGGGUGUGUGUAGGUGUGGGUGUGGGUGUGGAUAGAGAAAAGACACACUCACACCCCACACCCACACCCACACCCACAUACCCAGCCACACCCACACCCACACACUUCUAUAGCAAAAUAAAUAUUGCCAAUUGAUCCACCAUGCUGAAAAACAUUAUUAAUAAUAAUUUGAAAAAUAUUUUACAUAAGAUAAAAUUGACAAAAACUCGGUCAGGUGCCGUUAGUAUUUGAUCCAUAACGUUUGAACGACUUAAGAUAAAAAUUUCGGCCUUUCGUAGAUUUGUAGCUCGUCAGCUAAGGAUUCUAGUCCGCUCCUGAAAGUUUAAGAUUUGUUGUAUCUUCAUAGGACAACAGACUACUCUUUCAAUAUGACCAUGGAUCACUACCUAUUUAUGAAAUAAAUUUCAACAAUUUUAUAUGAAUCGAUGCGCUAUCUCAGCCUCUUUCCAAUGGUGAAAUUCGCAGCUGUCUAUCUUGUUCCUAUCAAAAGUUAUUCAAAAAAUACCCACGUGCCUUUUAUUUUGAAACGGGCAAUAGAUCAACGUCCAUGGUCAGAAUGGAAACGUACUGAUGCAUCUUGUAUACAGCAUACCGGGUAGGACGUUGAACAAGUACAAGAAUUAUAUUCUAUGUGUGAAGAACCAUUAAUAAAUUAUUGUUCUCAUAGAAACAAGUUACAUGCGAGCAGUACCACCACAUCCUAUUUAUCUCCUAUGAAUUUGCUUGUGGUUACAUUAUGGUAUUUAAAACAUUUUCAUUCUGAACGGCAGUAGUAGAUGUUUUACAUUCAUUUGUAUAUCCAGCAUUCGUUUCUUUACCUGCUGAUUUACCAAACAGAAGAACAUCACAUGGACCUCAACAACAUCAUAAAUUAAUUGUUGACUCGACUUGUAUUGCAAUUCCUGAACCGCAUGAUUCAGACCAACGUAAAAAAUUUUAUCAUGCAAAAAGUCCAACGAAUUAUGCAAUAAAAGUACAAAUAGCUUGUGAUUUUCAUCAUCGAAUAGUACAAUCUAGGGUACAUGUAUCUGAAUGUUAUCAUGGAAGUAUACAUGAUAUUACAGUUCUUCGAGAAUCAGAGCUAUUAGAACACGUCGAAGAACCUGUACAAAUUAUUGGUGACAAAGGGUAUAUCGGUGAAGAAUAUAUAGUCACUCCAAGAAAGAGACCUCAUGGACGUGAAUUAACACAAGAAAAUAAAGAUUUCAAUCGCGAUAUUAAUAGUGCAAGAGCAGCGAUUGAAAAUAUUAAUCGACGUCUCAAAAGUUAUGCUAUUCUUCGUGGUGUUUACAAAGGACCUGUUGAUGAUUUUCAUAAAAUAACUAAAAUCAUACAGGUCAUUGCUGCUUUAUGUAAUUUGAACUUAAAUAAGCAUCCUAUUCGUAGAUAA